CAUUACAUUCUAGUUCCCUCUGCUGCUCCUGUUAGUCUUAGUGUGGGAAAAACUUCCUUUUCCACCAUCACGUUCCAGUGGGGGGAGGUGCCUUGUGCUGAUCAGAAUGGAGACAUCACAGGCUACUCAGUGAGGUAUGAGGUAGUAAGAGGUCCAAAUACAGGGACCGUGGUGAAGAUUACUGGGGGAAGUAUAUCUAAGACUACAAUCUCAAAUCUCGAUCCAUCCACCAACUACUCCAUCCAAGUAGCGGCAGUCAACAGUGCUGGUACUGGAGAGUACAGUGAUUCCAUUACUGCAAUGACUGAUGAACUACUUUUGACCGUAUCAGUUUCAUCUUCGAACGCGACAUCUGUGACUGUAGCUUGGACCCUGACUAACGGAAUGAAUGCUACCUCAUAUGACAUCUCCUACUCCAACACUAACAACACUGACUGUUUCAGUAUUUCUAACACCGUCCCUGGUAUUAGUGGGACAUCAUACACUCUGACUGGUCUAGAGGAGGGAACUGAGUAUUCUAUCACUAUCACUGCCACUCUGAGUGAAGGAGGCGGCAGCGGUGCUGCUGACAUACGGACUGAAGAAGGGAGUGCAGAGGUCUCUAUCACAGACUCUACAAUGACUGCUGCUCCAUCUGCCCCUCCUAUUGAUGUGGUGGUAAGAGUGGAGAGUUCCACUAGUAUCACAGUCCAGUGGAGACCAGUGGAGUGCAGACAUCAGAAUGGAGAGGUAACAGGCUACUGGGUGAGGUAUGGGGAGGAGGGGAGCAGCGAGGUCCAGAUGGUGUCAGGAGACUCCAGUGGA